GAGGUCAGUGCCUUGGGCAGGUACGGGUGACGCAUGGCUGGCGCUCGAAUUUCCCGGGCCCGAAGCGCGGGGCCUGCCGGGAAGGGAUCGGACGGUUACUCGGCGGCGGGUAGCAGUAGUGAGAGGCCUUCGGCAUGCAGAGCACGGACCUGGGCAACAAGGAGAGCGGCAAAAUAUGGCACCGCAAGCCCUCGCCGGCCGCUCGGGACGGAAUUAUAGUGAACAUCAUUCAUAGCACUUCUGAUUACCAUCCAAAAAUCCUGCGAUUUUUGAAUGUGGCUUUUGAUGGCUCAGGAGACUGUCUAAUUGCUGGGGACCAUCAAGGAAAUAUCUAUGUUUUUGACUUGCAUGGAAACAGGUUUAAUCUUGUUCAGCGAACAGCACAAGCUUGCACAGCUCUGGCCUUUAAUCUUCGUAGAAAGUCUGAAUUCCUUGUGGCAUUAGCUGAUUAUUCUGUUAAAUGUUUUGAUUCAGUUACCAAGGAGCUGGUCAGCUGGAUGAGGGGACAUGAAUCAUCAGUAUUCUCAAUAUCUGUGCAUGCAUCAGGGAGAUACGCCAUCACUACUUCUUCUGAUACAGCACAGCUGUGGGACUUGGAUACCUUUCAGAGAAAAAGAAAACUGAAUAUUCGCCAGUCUGUGGGUAUACAGAAGGUUUUCUUCCUACCUUUAAGUAACACCAUUCUCAGCUGUUUUAAAGAUAAUUCCAUCUUUGCCUGGGAGUGUGAUACUCUUUAUUGUAAAUAUCAACUGCCAGCUCCACCUGAAAGCUCUAGUAUAUUAUACAAGGUAUUUGCUGUGACCAGAGAUGGCCGAAUCCUGGCUGCUGGAGGCAAAUCAAACCACCUUCAUUUAUGGUGCUUAGAAGCUACACAGCUUUUCAGGAUUAUCCAAAUGCCUACUAAGGUUAGAGCCAUUCGACAUCUGGAAUUUCUUCCUGACAGUUUUGAUGCUGGUUCUAAUCAGGUUCUUGGUGUGCUCAGUCAAGAAGGUAUUAUGAGAUUCGUCAACAUACAAACUUGUAAACUUGUCUUUGAAAUUGGGAGCCUUGAUGAAGGAAUUAGCUCAUCUGUAAUCAGCCCACAUGGAAGGUACAUCACAUCUAUUAUGGAAAAUGGAAGUCUGAACAUAUAUUCAGUUCAGGCAUUAACGCAGGAAGUAAAUAAGCCUCCUCCUCCUCUAGUGAAAGUAAUUGAAGAUAUACCUAAGAAUAAACUGAAUUCUAAUGAUCUUAAAGUGAAAAUAACAUCAGGAAGAGUGCAGCAACCAGCAAAAUCUAGAGAAACCAAAAUUCAGACUAGAAUAUUAAAACAGGACUUGAUGGGUAAUUUUGAAAAUAAAGAGAAUGAGAUGUCAGAUGGCUUAAACAAAAAGCGCCUACAGAUCUUAGUAAAAGGCUAUGGUGAAUAUCCAACAAAGUACAGGAUGUUCAUUUGGCGCUCUCUGCUACAACUUCCUGAGAAUCAUACUGCAUUUAGUAGCCUAAUGGAUAAGGGUACUCAUGUGGCAUUUCUCAACCUUCAGGAGAAAUAUCCCAUCAAAAGUAGGAAACUACUGAGAGUAUUGCAGAGAACCCUAUCUGCUUUAGCUCACUGGUCUGCCAUCUUCAGUGACACACCAUAUCUUCCUCUCCUGGCAUUUCCAUUUGUAAAAUUAUUCCAAAAUAACCAGCUUAUCUGCUUUGAAGUUGUUGCUACUCUCAUAAUCAAUUGGUGUCAGUACUGGUUUGAAUACUUCCCUAACCCUCCUAUCAGUAUUCUUAGUAUGAUAGAAAAUGUUCUCGCAUUUCAUGACAAGGAAUUACUACAGCACUUCAUAAAUCACGAUGUAACCUCCCAGUUGUAUGCAUGGCCUCUCCUUGAAACUGUGUUCUCAGAAGUACUGACAAGAGAAGAGUGGCUCAGAUUAUUUGACAACAUUUUUACCAACCAUCCAUCCUUCCUUCUGAUGACUGUGGUAGCCUACAACGUGUGUUCUAGGGCCCCUCUGCUCCACUGUACUCGUAAGGAUGAUUUUGAGUAUUUUUUUCACCAUCGGAAUAACCUGGACAUAAGUGUUGUGAUCAGAGAAGUUUAUCAUUUCAUGGAGAUCACACCUGCUAAUAUUCAUCCAGAAAAGGAACUAGAAGUUUUUGUUGCACUGACGAAAGGACAGUAUCCAGUAUUUAAUCAAUAUCCAAAGUUUAUUGUGGAUUAUCAGACACAGGAAAGAGAAAGAAUAAGGAAUGAUGAACUGGAUUACUUGAGGGAGAGGCAGACAGUUGAAGAAAUGCAAGCUGAAGUAGACCAGCAAAGAGUGAAAGAUGAAGCUUGGUACCAGAAACAAGAGCUGCUUCGUAAAGCUGAAGAAACAAGAAGAGAAAUGCUCUUACAGGAGGAAGAGAAGAUAGGACAGCAAAGGCAGAGACUAGCUACAGUGAAAAGAGAGCUGAAAAUCAAGGAAAUACAAUUACAGGAUGCUGCAAAGAGGCGGUUUCUAAAGCUUCAGCAAGAUCAGCGUGAGAUGGAGCUGCGAAGACUGGACGAUGAAAUUGAGAGAAAGGUACAAAUGAGAGAUCGAGAAAUUGCUAACACAACCAAAGACCUAGAAAUGAGACAUCUGGAACUUGAAGCACAAAGAAGACUUUAUGAGAAGAAUGUUACUAAAAAUCAAGAAGCUAUUGCAAAAGAAAUUCAAGAAGAUGCAGAUGCCUAUAGACGAAAAGUGGAUCUUGAAGAUCACAUAUUUCAUAAGCUGAUAGAAACUGAACAAACUCAUAGAGGAAGGAAUCAGAAGAUAAUUCAAGACAGUUUGGCAGAAGCUGAACAAGCAUGCCUCAAUACUGACUGGAAAAUUCACACUUUGCAUAAACAACAAUGUGAUGAUCUCCAUCGAAGUGUAGGUUACCAGAAAGUAGCCACACUCCUUCAGAAAAACAGGAAGAAAGAAAGAGAGGUAUUACAUACCGUGAUGGCGAAGGAUGCUAAGAAGUGGGAGGACGCUGAAGAAAAAGAGCUUCAUUUAAGAUCAGAAAAGGAAGCUUCUGCCCUUUCAGAUGCAUCUAGAAUGUGGUUUCUCAAGCGGGAGAUGAAUGCCGCUGUAGAACACGCUGAAGGUCCAUGUAUUCAAGCGCAAGUGCACGGGCUGCAAAACGAGCGGGUUGCUUCCAGCGGUUUCCCCAGGACUUCACAGUUUCAUGACAUUUCUGAAAAGGAGUCCUCAGCCCAGAUUUGUUUAAAUAGAAAACCAGAAUGGGACAACAUGGAACAAAAUCUCAUCAAGAAAGUGAGAAACCUUCGCCAGAGACUCACAGCGCAGGCGCGGAACCGCUGUGAAAACCCCCGCCUUGUGGCUGCAUAGAGGGCGCCGUCUCCCCGGGAUACUCAGAGGCGCGCAGUGCAGGUUUGCUAUCAGUGGCUCCACUUUUUAUAUCAUUUAUAUUAAACCUCUAUAGUGACAGCCUUUUGUACAGAAAAAUAUUUCCAUAAAAUUAUGUAUUCUUACAUUUUUUAGCUUAUAAAUGGCCUUAGUGUUUUAUAAAUAAAAGCUUUUUUGCAACGUAAAA